CUGAGACCAUCGUACGCCUUAUCAAGCACAGAUUCCCUGGACUUCCUGGACUUCCUCAAUUAUCUCUUGAUACUUGCAAGAUCCAACAUAGCAAUGAUGUAGGACAGUCUAUUCUAGAGAGCUACUCAAGGGUCUUAGAAAGCUUGGCCUUCAAUGUGUUGUUUCAAAUUGAAGAUGUUCUUUAUGCUGACUCUCUUAUUCAAGACCCCAUCCAAUAAUUGCACUAGAAGAAGAUCACAUACUAACAUAGAGGUUGGACCAGUGAUGAAACUGGACCCGAAUGAAGAGAUGGAGAAGUUGAAUGAGGCACCAAACUCAAUGACUUUAUCAUACUUCAUGGGUUGGAAUUUUAAUCCAAACUCUGAGGUGGAAAAUAAUCAAUCAGCAAUAGACAUUCAAGGCUCUGGGAAUCCUAUACCUCUUUCUCCUCAAUGGCUGAUUUCGAAGGCAGCUGAUAGUAAGGAAUCAGACAGUAUUCAUGACAACAAGACAGAUGCUCUGAAGGCAUCAGUAACUGUUGAUGGUUUUUCUAGUGUUGGUAAGAAAAAGGAUGUCUAUAGGCCUAUCUUGCAUGACUCAGAAGGUGGUCGUCGAGAUCGGUGGCAUGAUGAAGAGAGGGAAACAAAUUCUGCCAUUCGCCGAGACCGUUGGAGGGAGGGAGACAAGGAACCUGGUGAUAUACGCAGGACAGAACAUUGGCCUGAAAAUUCCUCCAAGCAUUCUGGGGAAAUACGGCGUGGUCCAUCUGAAAGAUGGGUUGAUUCUGGGAACAAGGAAAUUGACCUGCGACGUGACAGCAAAUGGAGCACAAGAUGGGGACCAAGUGGUAAGGAGUCAGAUAACUGGCGUGAGAAGUGGUUGGAUUCUAGCAAAGGCAGUAACACGACUCCUGACAAAGGCUCACCAUAUUUCAAUAGUCAUGGAAAGGACAUGAAUAAUCAUGGAAAGGAGACUGAAGGAGAUGAUCACUAUUCUCGUUCAUGGCGAUCUAACUAUGGUUUAGGUCGUGGAAGGGGAGACUCAUCUCAUAACCAACUGCAUACCCCUCUCAAACAGCCUCAUGUGCAAGGCUAUAGUCGAGGAAGACUAGAGAAUGGGAUAUCAUCCAUGUUUGCUGGUCGAGGAAGAUUUAACUCUAGUGUGAACAAUAGGAACAGUGAUACUUGUGUUCAUCUGGUUGGUUCUUUUCACGAAAAGGUUGAUGAUACCUCCGAACUUUCUGGUUUAAGAUAUACUAGGAUAAAAAUGCUUGAUAUAUAUAUGAAAACUGAUAUAAAGAGUAUUAGAUCAUCAUUUAAUGAAUUUGUUGAAGUUCCUCCCCUAACUGAAGAGGAAACAUUGGAGCCCAUAGCAUUUUCUGCUCCUACAGCUGAUGAAUCAGUUAUUAUCAAGGGAAUUGACAAAGGAGAUAUUGUGAGUAGUGGUGUUCCUCAAGUAUCCAAGGAAUCUUCCAUUGGGAGGUCUACUUCGGAAGCCAUCCCAUCUAGGCAGACUAAAUUAGAUUAUGACAUGCCAAAUUCUGCAGAUAGUUAUAAAGAUCAAAUUGACAAUUCUGAGGUGGAGAAUUGCAUCCUUUUGGAGAUCCCACCAUAUGAUAAACAACAAUAUCAAAAUACUAGUUCGAGUAGAUCUCGAUCAAAAGAAUUAGAUGUUAUCACUCCUGAUGCUGAUGAGAUGAUUUCUAAAGAAAGUAUCAGGCUAGUGACUGCAUCGCCAUGUGUUCCACAAAGAUCUCAGUCAACUGGGGACUAUAAACCUGGUUCUGUGCAUGAUAAGUGUAUGCGAUCCUCUCAUCUGCAGAAAGAUAUAGAGUCAAAGCAUGGCCCUGCCAUUACCUCUGCGUUCUACUGUAACACUGAUGGAAUUGCUUUACACUCAGAUGCCAAAAACGAGGCCUAUAUGAAAAAACAACUAUCUGAGGUGACAAAGGAAACCCAUCCCUUCUUUUCCAAGGAUGUGUUGGCUGCAAGGAAGAUGCAACUCACUUCACCAGAAAAUCUUUUACUAUAUUACAAAGAUCCUCAAGGUCAAAUUCAAGGUCCCUUUUCUGGAGGUGAUGUUAUUGGAUGGUUUGAAGCAGGAUAUUUUGGUAUCGAUCUGCAAGUCUGCCUUGCAGGUUCUCCUGCUGAUACACCUUUUUCUUCCCUUGGAGAUGUUAUGCCACAUUUAAGAGCAAAGGCUGGACCACCGCCUGGAUUUGCGGCGGUCAACCAUGUUUCUGCAAUGGGCGAGACACUUAAGGGUAAAUUUGCUGGUUCCAGUAGCAUUCUUAAUGGUCUUGGUGAAUAUGAUGUGCUUACAAAUGGAAAAAAGGACUCAAAUAUUGCUGCAACUGAAGCACAAAAUCUGUUUUUAGAGUCUUUGAUGUCUGGUAAUAUUAGCAGUUCAACUUCAGAAACCUUGUCUUUCAGUAGAGCUAUGCAAGAAUCCGGUGGGACUGCUAGUUGCUUGCCUUCUGUGGUAGGAGAAAGUGGGAAUGAUACUAAUUACCUCUCGGCACAAACCAGGUUGUUGGAGAGACGAAGGUCAUCAGUGAACCCUGUCUCAUAUUUGUCAGUUGGUGACCCAUCAUCAGUUCCUAGCUCCGAAACAGAUUUGAUUUCAGAAUCUUUACCACAGUCUAAGCUGUUUCCGUCAGUUGUGGACUCUUCUGAUCAAACUCCUAAGCCCCAGCAAUUUGACUUGCUGUCCCUUUUGCAUGCUGGUGCUGAUAAGUCGGUUUCGCUAACUAGUGGCCAUAGUGCACCUUUUUCAAACUUUUCAGAUGUUGCAACUGUAAAUAAUCUCCUUCAUGCUGGUGCUGAGCUUCCGGCCGAGGUAUUGAGUAUGCAUUAUAAUCAACAUUUGCCAUCUCAGAUUAGAUUUGGAGGCCAGCAGCAGGGUUUCCAGCCAGCUAACCAACCCUCAUUACCUAAUUUAAUAUCUCAACACAAUGAUUCUUCUUUUGUUCCACCUGGUAAAUUUCCUCCAUCUGAGAUGCACCAGGAUCCGCGAUUGCAGAGUUUGGCGCAACAACACUAUCUUCUAUCUCAACUUCAUUUGCCAUCUCAGGUUCCUUCUGCUCAAUUACCAUUGUUAGAAAAGUUAUUACUGCUUCAACAACAGCAGCAGCAGCAGCAGCUCUUAAUACAGCAGCAGCAGCAGCAGCAGCAGCAACAACAACAUCAGCAAUAUCAGCAAAUGCUUUCAAAAGCUGUUUCCAGUCAUCAGUCUCAGCAACAGUUCAUUGAUUCUUCUUAUGGACAAACAUCUGGCAAUAUUGCUAUGGAUCAUGUUAUGCUUCACAGAGGUAACGAACAAUUUCAGAUCGGUCAGCAGUUGCCAGUUGCUUAUGAAGGUAGUGGACGAGCAUCAUAUUAUUAUGAUACUAACUUACAAAAUUCUCUGGAUGAAAGUUCAUUGAAUUCUGGACCUCCAUCUAUGCCUAUUCCACUUCAGAUCCGUGACCAAACAAUUGCUUCAAAGGAAUUUGAUACUCAAUUUGUGAUGGAUAAUGUUGCUAAUCUUCCAAACACCAAAACAAAACAAGAGAUGAUAGACGGUUCAAAUUUCUCUAAGGCUCGGCAGGGUUAUGAGGAAUUGGGUUUUGAAUCCCAAAAUAUUACUCAAAGCUCGAGUGGUGCUGAGAAAGAGCAAGAGGUAGCAUUGGUUUCUCAGGCUCAAGAAUUGGCACCCCUAGGCCUAGAAGAGAGUCAACUGUCUGUAGAUUUUCUACCUCCUAUGACAGAUCUUGGACCUGAUAUCGAUAUUUCUUUGUUAGAGCUCAAUGAUCAAAACAACGAUCAGUCCGCCCCUAAUAUAACUGUAGAAAUACAAGACAGGAAAAAAAGUUCUGAAAAAAAAUCUAAGAAGCAAAAGAAAUUCAAGACAAAAAUAAAUUUAGAUGCCGGGAAAGAAUUGUCCAAUUUAGUUUCUAGCCAGACAUCACAUGUGAAUGCUGAAGUUGGUGCAAAUGCUAAUGAAGCUAAAUUUGAAUUAGUGAAUGAUGUUUCUAUUGCAGUUACUACUGAAAUGUCUGAAUCACAAAGUUCUCGAGUGCCAUCCCAUGCAAAUCCUGUACCUAGUGAACCAAAAGAUGAAGAAGUCAAUGCCAGUGCAGUUGCUACACUGGCAUUCAAUCCGAGGGUUUCAUCAACUCAGUUGGCAUGGAAAUCUGCUCCAGGGUUCAAACCUAAAUCUCUGUUGGAGAUACAACAGGAGGAACAGCUGAAGGCACAAAGAGGAAUGGGUUCUGAAACUGUUGCUGUGACACCUGCUGUAGUUGCUCCAUCUCCAGCCUCUUGGUCAUCAAUCACUAAUUUGGAAAAUAAGCUAUUCAGGGAUACUGUUCUUGAAUCAAAUACACUCUUUAUCAACUCUGAAGAUCCUCUUAAAUCAAAGAGCAGGAAAAGCAAUUUGCAUGAUUUAUUGGCCGAAGAAGUUUUGGCUAAGUCAAAUAAUGAUAUUGAGUCUUCAGCUAGCAAUGCUCAGAAUUCACUUCUAUCACUACCAUCACAAGGACAAGCACAUGUUGAUGCUUCAGCACAUGUUGAUGCUUCUGCUAUUGACGUCAAUGAUUUUGUUGAGGCAAAAGACACUAGAAAAGCUCGCAAAAAGGCAUCAAAGUCAAAAGCUGUUGGAGCCAAGAUACAACAACCAGUUAGUUCUGCUGAAUUGUCUGCAUCUCCAUCAACUGUUAAAAAGGAUAAAAUUACACACCAAGUACAAGGAAAAGAAACUUUAUUGGCUCCCCCUGCUGCUCCAUCAUUAGGAGAUUUUGUUCUUUGGAAGGAGGAUCAAUCAAGCUCUCUUCCUCCACUAGCAUGGUCUAUGGACUCUAAGAAGCAGCAGAGACCGAUGUCACUAAGAGACAUUCAAAUGGAACAACAGAAGAGGUCUGGAACCAUGCAACAACAGCAGGCUCCAAUACAAACUGCUAAAGUUCAGCCAAACCAUGCAAGUCGGGGAAGUGGGACUUGGCAGGUUAAUGGGUCAUCGCCAUCUAACACUGCAUCAUCCGUUCAGUUUGUUUCACAAGUUUCAAAUCAGACAAAAUCUAGAGCCGAAGAUGAUCUAUUUUGGGGGUUGCCUGAGCAAUUGAAACCGGAACUCAAAAACAGGUCAGACUUCCCUCCAACCGAGAGCUCUGUCAGCAAGGCAGCAAAAGGCUCCUUAAAAGGAGUUUCUGGAGCAGGAACAGGGCAGAAACUUGUUGGAAGUAGAGGCAUGGAGUAUUCUCUUUCCGCAUCCGUGCCCAGUUUGCCAACUCCGAAGGGUAAGGGCAUUGCUGCUACAAAGAACUCAGAGGCGAAGGAAUUCCAAGAUUGGUGUGUGAAUGAGUGGAUCCGGCUCACAGGGACUAAUGACACCAGUUUUCUGGAAUUUUGCAUAAAGCAAUCAAUGUCGGAGGUCAAGAUGCUACUGCAAGAAAACCUUGGUUCUCUGGACCGCAAUCAUGAUUUCAUCGACAAGUUCCUCAACUAUAAAGAGUUCUUGCCUUCAGAUGUCCUCGAAGCUGCGUUCCAGCUGCAGAAGUCCCACCCUAUAUCUGUGGAGAAUGCGGGUCACCGGAAUCCCAAUGCUCCAACUGUUGCUGAUGCUGAUGAAGGCUUGGACGAGGCAGUCGAAGGGCUACCCAAAGGACGAGGGAAGAAAAAGGGGAAGAAGGGGCAUAAAGUGAGUUCUGCUCUCUUGGGUUUCAACGUAGCCAGCAACCGGAUAAUGAUGGGUGAGAUCCAGAGCCUCGAGGAUUAGGAUAAACACUGCGGAUUAGGUAGACAGGAUUUAGAUUUCCUGAGUGUACAUACCUAUUUAGCUAAAAUUUUGUAAAUUUCCCUCUCACUUGAUUUGUGCUCCAUGUACUUGAAAAGUAGCUCGAAGUUGCAUGGAUUUUUGCAAGGAAGCUGCUAAAGCAAGCCAUGGCUUCUCUACAAAGUUUGUUCUGGUCCCCAUGCAAAGGACCAUUAGUCGCUUAUGCUCUCUGUUUCCUGAUGAA